GAGGGACCAACUUCCGCCCUGUUCCUCGCUGCCUAUCACAGAAGGCGAGGAGAGCCGGCUCGGGACGGGAAGUGGUGGCUACGGAGGUGUGCCCGGACUCUCUCUGUUUUUCAGAUGAGCAAACAAAAAAGCUACAAGAGGUUAAAUGGCUGAGCUAAGUGGCAGAGGCAGUAUUUGAACCCAGAAACUGAGCGUUGCCUGCUUGCUGUAUGUUGUCAUCUUGUGCACGCCUGGCCCCCUCGACGGUCCGGCUUGUCCAUUCUCUGGACUGCAGUUCUUCCCGUUCCUUCAUGGAUCUGAAGGCGCUCAUCUCCUCCUUGAAUGACUUUGCAUCCCUGUCUUUUGCUGAGAGUUGGGACAAUGUUGGGUUGCUGGUGGAACCAAGCCCACCACAUACUGUGAAUACACUCUUCCUGACCAAUGACUUGACUGAGCCGGUGAUGGAGGAAGCUCUGCAAAAGAAGGCGGAUCUCAUCCUUUCCUACCAUCCACCCAUCUUCCUACCCAUGAAGCGCAUAACCUGGAAGUCCUGGAAGGAGCGCCUGGUGAUCCGGGCUUUGGAGAACAGAGUUGCCAUCUACUCUCCUCACACAGCCUAUGACGCUGCACCCCAGGGAGUGAACAACUGGCUGUCCAAAGGGCUCGGAGCCUGUACAUCCAGACCCAUAUGUCCUUCCAAAGCUCACAGCUAUCCUACAGAGGGAACCCACCGAGUAGAAUUCAAUGUUAACCAUACCCAAGAUCUGGACAAAGUCGUGUCUGCAGUGAGAGAAAUUGAAGGUGUUUCUGUCACUUCUUUUUCUGCUAGGACUGAUGGUGAGGAACAAACACGGAUCAGCCUGAAUUGUACUGAGAAAGCUUUGAUGCAGGUGGUGGCUCAGCUCUCCCAAAACAGACAACUUUAUCAGAGAACUGAAAUCCUGUCACUGGAGAAGCCUUUGCUUCUACAUACUGGAAUGGGACGAUUAUGCACCCUGGAUGAAUCUGUCUCCUUGGCAACCAUGAUUGAGCGAAUCAAAAGACACCUCAAACUAACUCAUAUUCGCUUAGCUCUUGGGGUAGAAAGGACCUUAGAGUCACGUGUUGAAGUUGUGGCCCUGUGUGCUGGUUCUGGGAGCAGCGUCCUGCGGGGUGUCGAAGCCGACCUUUACCUCACAGGUGAGAUGUCCCAUCAUGAUGUCCUGGAUGCUACUUCCCGAGGAAUCAGCGUCAUCCUCUGUGAACACAGUAACACGGAACGAGGCUUCCUGUCUGACCUCCGUGAUAUGCUGGGUGUCCACUUGGAGAAUAGGAUUCAUAUUGUCCUGUCAGAGACGGACAGGGAUCCUCUUUGUGUGGUGUAAGGCAUGCAGGGACAUCAAGAUGACACAGUCUGCAGAUUGCAUCUCAACUCAGGUGUGGAACGUGAGUCAGUGGAGUUGAUCUGUCUUUCUGAAAGAGCGUCUUAAGAUAUAUGAGGAAGCUUCAAAAAUUUCAUGGAAAUGUGUAUUUUGAGAAAAGUGCAUAGAUUUCAAAAAAAAUUUUCACAAAAUAGACAACUUUUAAUUCCAUUUUCUGCAAGCUUUUUGAACUGCCUGCAUUAUGAUCUUUUCCAGUUUAUCUGGUUCAACAAAUGUUCUAUAGUUCAUAAAGAAAAAACUUAAAUACCAUAAUGAAGAACAAAUAUUAAGAAAGAUCAAUUAAAAUUGGUUUACUUAACAUUUUUGGGAAGUAACCAAAUAAUUUUCCCCUUAGUUUCAUUAUAGUUGGGAAAUGUUAAUCUAGGUAUCUCUGCCAUUGGUUAGUUUUAAAAUGUCCUCUAGCCAACACCAUGGCUCAACAGGCUAAUCCUCCGCCUUGCGGCGCCGGCACACCGAGUUCUAGUCCCGGUCGGGGCACGGGAUUCUGUCCCGGUUGCCCCUCUUCCAGGCCAGCUCUCUGCUGUGGCCCAAGUGCUUGGGCCCUGCACCCCAUGGGAGACUAGGAGAAGCACCUGGCUCCUGCCUUCGGAUCAGCGCGGCUGCGGCGACCAUUGGAGGGUGAACCAACGGCAAAAGGAAGACCUUUCUCUCUGUCUCUCUCUCUCACUGUCCACUCUGCCUGUCCAAAAAAUAAAUAAAUAAAUAAAAAAUAAAAUGUCCUCUAAAAACUUGGGAUUGAGGGGCUGGUGCUGCGGUGCAGCAGGUUAACGCCCUGGCCUGAAUCGCCAGUGUCCCAUAUGGGUGCUGGUUCUAGUCGCGGCUACUCUACUUCUGAUCCAGCUCUCUGCUGUGGCCUGGGAAAGCAGUAGAAGAUGGCCCAAGUCCUUGGGCCCCUCACUUGCAUGGGAGACUCAGACUAACUGCUAGAAAUUAUCUUAGGCUCAUUUCCCUUUAUAAAAAUAGACACCCCAGAUUGAGAAAACCACAAGGCAAAUGACUGAUAUGCUUCAAAAAUGUCAAUGCUAUGAAGACAAUCCUGAGGAACUAUCCCAUUCCAGACUGCGCACCUCUGGCCAUUGUGGCCAACUGGGAAGUGAACCAUCAGAUGGAAGACCUCUUUCUCUGUGUAACUCUGACUUUCAAGUAAAUAAAUAAAUCUUUAAAAAAAAAA